AUGAAAUUGGAGAACAUUGAUGUUUCUAAAUUGCAACUUACUGAUUUACCAAAAUUUGACAAAUGUCCCUGUGAACUAUGUGAUGAUGGUUGUUUUGAUCGUGCAGGUUAUGAACAUCAUCCAGAAUGUCGGCGAAAAACAGUACAACGAACAAAAUUACCAUUAGCACUUCGUUGUCCUCUUUCACAUUAUCAAGCAACAUUUCAAGCAGCAACAAAUGUAUCUGGUGGACCAGCAGAUCAUCGUCGUCAACCAUGUCCUCCUGUACCUGACAAUGAAAUACCGAUAUCAUUUAAAAAUGUACCAAUGAGUGGUCUUAGUUCACAACGAGAUCAUUAUCAACCUCCACCAUUAAGCAGUAUUAAAAACACUUCGACUACACAUACGAAACCGGCAUGUUUAUUUAUUGAGAUUUUAACCUAA